AUAUUGUAUUAUGCGUUUUUAUAACGUUAUUAUACUGCAGUUUUUAUUAUAAUAUAAUGUAUCGUUCUAUUGUUGCCGGUACUCAUUCAUUGCGCAGAUUUUGUACAUGGCAAAAAAGCUGCGCAAUGAAAAUCUAACGUAACGACAUCGUGUCGUUAAAAGAGUCACAGAAUAGCAUUAGCCUAACCUAACCCCUAACCUAUCUUACUUCAAAUGCUUGUGUAUCAUAAACAAAGCGAUGAUUAUAUUUAAAUAGUGAAUUUUACAAUAUAAAAAAUUUCAAAGAAUCAAUGGAAGUGAAUUAUCGAAAUGUUAUCACCGCGCAUGCUUAUAUCACACAUUCGGUCGAUACGGCAGAUUACUUAACCUUAAUAUAUAUCGCUUUUAUAGUAAUUGUACAGUUUUUUGUGGCGGUGAACAUUUUUAUUAUCGCUUUAUUAUACUUAUUCUACGUGUUAUGGCACAAGCUCAGAGAAAAUUUUAGAAAAUUGAAAUUGAUUAUUUAACGGGAUGCUCGUAACUAGAAGAAAGUCAUAUUAAUAUAUAUAAUUCUUUAAACAAAAACACAACUUAAAAUUAAUUAACGAAUCCACUAAGAAUUUCCAAAUCCAAUAAGAAUGCUGUCAAAACUAAUGGGAAUAAUGGAUUACUUAAAGGACCCUCAAUUAGUUGCAUCGAUUCAACGAUUUUUUGGUGUUAAAAUAUAUUACAAUAGGCAUAAAGAUACAUUCCAAGAAGAGGAGAAAAAAUAUACAAAAAUUGAUGAUAAUGAAGACAGUUAUAUUUCAACUUGCCAUAGUGAAAAGAUUAAUGAUUGUGAUGUAAACCAACGAUUGAAUGUAUGUACAAAGCAAAUUAAUUCUUUGGAACAAAGAACAACUGAAACAACAAACAAAGAAACUUUGAUAGUUUCAAAUAAUCCAAACUAUACAAUCACUAAUUUAUUUUGGUAUUAUACAUUUGUGUUUGGAACUGAGUUAGGAGACGAGAUCUUCUAUUCAACUUUUAUACCUUUCAUGUUUUGGAAUAUUGAUGGAGCUGUUGGCCAAAGAGUAGUCUUAGUAUGGGGCAUUAUUAUGACUAUUGGACAAAUACUAAAAGAUGUAAUACGUUGGCCUAGACCAGCGUGUCCUCCAGUAGUUAGAUUACAAGAUAAAUGGUCACAAGAAUAUGGAAUGCCAUCUACUCAUGCCAUGGUUGGUUUGACAAUACCCUUUAGCGUAGUAUUAUUUACGAUGGAUAAAUAUAUUUAUCCAUUUUCUGUCGGUUGCAUUAUUGCAUCUCUUUGGUGUACAAUUGUCAGUACGAGCAGAUUGUAUCUAGGUAUGCAUACUGUGCUAGAUAUUGUGGCCGGUUUAGCAUUAGCGAUUGUGUUAAUGAUUCCAUUGGUACCUUUAGUGGAUAUAACAAGUUCUUAUAUUAUUACAAAUUUUUGGCUUGUAGCGAUGCUGAUUGCAAUCAGUAUUGCCAUUACCAUAUAUUAUCCAUCAAGCUAUAAAUGGACACCCACUAGAAGCGACACUGCCAUGGUUGUAUCAGUCACAGUAGGAAUUUAUGCAGGAACAUGGCUCAAUUAUUAUACUGGUCUGUUAAGGACACCGCAAGUUUUGCCACCAUUUCAUAUUGGUUGGCCAACAUACUCUAUGCUCAGUCAUCUAAUUAUUAGAACUGUACUUGGCUUUUCCGGCGUUAUUGUAACGAAAAUCUUUUGCAAAUCAUUCAGUUAUAUUAUAAUUUGUAGCAUAUUACAAAUUAAUUGGAGAGAACUUAUGAAAUGUCUGGAUUACAAUAGUAACCAAAACAAGGUGUUUGUCGAUCUAGUCUAUAAAUAUCUAUUUUGUUUCAUGUUAGGUGUAAAUACAGUGUAUUUGUUUCCACAAGUUUUUAACAUAAUAGGUAUCGGACGACCAGCAUUUUACAUGGAAGUAUGA